AUGUCCGAUUCGGAUGUUCUUCAGUCUGCGGUGCGCGUGCCCACGCCUCCCCCGGGCGCGUCGUUUUCACCAGCCGCAGCCUCUCGGAAACGCUCUCCUCCCUCUCGUUCUCCCUCCCCGAACCGUCGCCGUUCGCCUCCCGGAGAUUCCACCAGAGAUGGCCCAAGUGCCUCAACUGGCGACCUCGAUGAAAGGGAGCGGCAACUCGCUGAGCGCCUUCGCGAACACGAAAAGCGCGAAGCAGCGCGCAAACCGAUGACCGAGGAACAAAAGCAAGCCUCGGCCAAGGCGGAAUACGAAAAAUUGCUCAACAUGCGAUCUGGUGGUACUUACAUUCCCCCGGCUAGACUCCGUGCGUUACAAGCGCAGAUCACGGAUAAGACCAGCAAAGAGUACCAGCGCAUGGCAUGGGAAGCUUUGAAGAAGUCGAUUAACGGUCUGAUCAACAAGGUCAAUGUUUCUAACAUCAAGUAUAUUGUGCCGGAACUCUUUGGGGAAAACUUGGUGAGGGGUCGAGGCUUGUUCUGUCGGUCGAUCAUGAAGGCGCAGGCGGCCAGUUUGCCCUUCACUCCGAUUUACGCGACGAUGGCAGCAAUCGUCAAUACCAAACUCCCACAAGUCGGCGAUUUAUUGCUUUCCAGAUUGAUUGUUCAAUUCCGCAAAGCGUUCAAGCGAAACGACAAGGCAGUUUGCAUCUCCUCUACGACAUUUAUCGCACACCUUUGCAACCAGCAAGUUGCCCAUGAGAUGCUGGCAGCUCAGAUCCUCUUGCUUCUAUUGCAUAAGCCAACGGACGACAGCGUUGAAAUCGCUGUGGGACUCACCCGAGAAGUUGGUCAGCAUUUGGAGGAAAUGAACGCCCCGAUCGCACUCGCCGUGUUCGACCAAUUCCGAAACAUCCUACACGAGGCCGAUAUUGACAAGCGUGUGCAAUAUAUGAUCGAAGUGCUCUUCCAGGUGCGCAAGGAUCGCUACAAGAACAACCCAGCUAUCAAGGAAGAAUUGGAUCUUGUGGAAGAGGAAGAUCAGAUCACCCACCGCGCUGGAUUGGACGAUGAUUUCGAGACCCAGGACACCUUGAAUAUCUUCAAGUUUGACCCAGAAUGGGAAGAACAUGAGGAAGCCUACAAGAAGUUGAAGGCUGAAAUCUUAGGUGAAGAUAGCGACGAGGAUGGCGAGGAUGGUUCAGAUGAGAGCGAGGAAGAAGAGUCGGACACCGAAGAAGUCCAGAUGGAUAUUAAGGAUCAGAGUAACACUGAUCUAGUCAACCUUCGACGAACCAUCUAUCUCACGAUCAUGUCCAGCAUUGAUUUCGAAGAAUGCUGUCACAAACUGAUGAAGAUCAACCUGCCGGCCGGGUUGGAGCACGAACUUCCGUCCAUGAUUAUUGAAUGUUGUUCCCAAGAACGGACAUACUCCAAGUUCUACGGUUUGAUCGGAGAACGAUUUGCCAAGAUCAACCGUCUUUGGUCCGACCUGUUCGAGGCUGCUUUCGCCAAAUAUUAUGACACCAUCCAUCGUUAUGAAACCAACAAACUCCGCAACAUCGCUCAAUUCUUCGGCCAUUUGAUUAGCAAUGAUGCCAUUGGCUGGCACGUCCUGUCCGUCAUCCACCUCAACGAAGAGGAGACCACUUCUAGCAGUCGUAUCUUUAUCAAGAUCCUCUUCCAGAACCUUGCAGAGAACCUCGGUCUGCCCGGCCUGCAGGCCCGCUUCAGAGAUGAGAUCCUCCGCCCCAGCUUCGAGGGUCUUUUCCCAACAGAGAACCCCCGGCACACCAGGUUCUCCGUCAACUACUUCACCAGUAUCGGUAUGGGUGUAUUAACAGAAGACAUGCGCGAGCAACUCAAGAACGCGCCUCGCCCCGCACCGCCAGCCCUGCAGGCACGGGCUUCUCGAAGUUUGUCACGCACUCCAUCCGAUCGAUCCCGCUCCAUGUGCUCUACAUGUACCGGAUCCCCACACUCUCGCCGCUCCCGGUCUCCAUCAUAUUCCCGGUCUCCUUCCAGGGGCCGUGGUCGUUCCUACACCCGCUCACUCACCCCAUCCUCCCGGAGCCGGAGCUACACUCCCUCCCGAUCUCGGUCCCCAGUCCGCCGCCGUCGUGACGUAUCUUACAGCCGAUCCCGGACUCCCGCAGGACGUGCUCGCUCCCGCUCGGUUUCUCGCACUCCUGCCAAACGCCGAGCCCGUUCCCGUUCUCGCUCCUACGACUCGCGGAGCCCGAGUCGUAGUCGCAGCCCCUAUCGCCGCCGCUCGGUUUCUCGGUCUAUCACACCACCCCGUCGCGGCCAAAGCCCACGCCGGAACCGCAGCUACACCAGAUCUAUGUCACGAUCUGUCACGCCUCCUCGUCGCGAGCCUGCGUCUCGGGGAGCAAAGCGGACCUCUGAGUCUGUGUCGCCUGCCCCCCGUCGGAGACGCGAUGUUUCGGACUCUCGCUCGCCACCUCCUAAGCGUCGGGACGAAUCACGGGGUCGAAGCUCCUCCCGGACACCACCUCGUCGUAGAUAA